GAGAUGGGAUCUUUACCCGCGCUCUUUGUUCUCCACGCCCUGCCAUUGAAAUGCACCUCCUUUCUGGUUUUUGAAUUGCGAUAUACCAUUUACCCCCAUCCUGACUUCACUUUGGAGUAGACCAGAGCAACAGAACUCAGAAUCUUCAUAAAUCGGUUUCGCAAUGCGGUUUCAGCUUCAACCACAAUGCUCAAGCUUUUCAAAUCCUCUCGCCCAUCAAUUCGGGCUCAUCCCUGUUUCAUUGCUUCCUCUAUCUAUCGACUUUUCCCAAUGGAGUGGAUUCAAGAGGGCGCAUUUGAGACUGAGAAGGAAUCAGAGGAUGAUAAUUUCGGCUGUGAACGAGCAGAGCCCGAGCAUCGGUUCUGGGAGGAAAAGUUCCUGCAGAAAAGUUGUGGAACACAUUUGCCUGCUCAAAGCAAAGCAAGAUUUAUCCGAUGAGGAAGAGAGGGAUAUGCUCGAUUAUUUGUAUACAACACAGUAUCAAAUGGGUGGUGUUGUAGCAAUUUCGUUGGGACGCAUCUCUGCUUCAAAUCCAGAGAACUAUACGCAUGGCCUUUAUAUGCGCUUUCAACGGAGAGAAAACCUUGAGAAAUUUUACGAGAAUCCCUUUUACCUGAAGGUUCUGAAGGAGCACGUAUUAACUUACUGCCAUGGAUUAAUGAAUGUGGAUUAUGAGUCCGAAGUGGAAGAUGAGAUGCUUUCUAUAUUUCGGAAAGGCGAGGAGUUCAACUAUGGAGUGGAAUUUGUGAUUCUGAUUUCAUUUCUUGAUGGAGUACCUGCUGAAAAAGUGGAAGACGCAUUAACUUCCCUGGCUUUGUUGACGUCAGGAUCCCCUUCCUUGAUAGUCCAAUCAACUCAAGGUUCAAAUUUUACUCCAAGCUCCAAGGAUUAUACGCAUGGAGCAGUGAUACGAUUCCGAUCAGUUGAGGCUUUCGAGAUGUUUACGAGCAGCAAAGAGUACAAAGAUAUGUGGCUGUAUAAGUUCCAGCCUAUCACCCAGAAAGCAUUAUCUCUUCAUUACUCUGUUGAUCCAGUGGGGACUGAGAUUAUGUAGCAAGGAUUCGGUAAGUCAGUACUAUUUACUUACCAAGGCAACUGUUAAGGUAAGGUGAUUAUUUCUUCUUCUUUUUUCAUAUUGAAUGCUGGCAGAUUUCUUGACAAGAGAUGCGACUUGGGUUUUCCUACCUGAUGAGAAUACGGACGCAGGUUAUUGUCUGCCUUUUUACACGCACUCACAUGUCCUUUUGUGGAGAACUAUGGGAAAAUAGCCAUUCCUUUCUGCAACAUUCUGAAGUUUGACUUGGGAAAAUUGCCUUUUGCAUGCGUGUAUAAUUGUACAUGUGAUUCUUAUUAAUGGAUGUCAAAUUCAUGCCUUAUAGGUUCUCUAUCAGUGUCCCUAUAUCUAUCGUGUAAAUUCUAUGUAACGGAUAUGAUGAACAUACAAUACUAAUAGUUUCAGUCAAUCUGACAAGAGUAAGCUAUUCUGGAGAAGCAUAAAGUUUCUUCAUUGCUGAGUAUUUUUCCAUUUU